AAGUUUGAUGCUUUGUUCCCACUUCCCGACAGACAUAGACCCUGAAUCGGAUACGAGGACAAUCAACUCUUGGAUAUGAUCCAUGUUGAUGACACCGGAAAAAAAAAAGACAAUGAUUAUACACUGAAAACUGGUAUUUGAUCGAUAAAUUAUUAUUAUUAUUAUGAUGAUUAAUGUGAAUCCAUUUAUUAGUUACUUCGAGAGGCGAGGGACUCCCUGUCUCUCUCUCGGUGCAUAUAAAAGGUACUCUGAUUUUGAUAAUCGUUUUAGUUUCUUCCUGAAUCGGUGGGAUUUUAGAUUCGAUUCCUUGCUUCUUCCGUUUUCUGGGUUUGUGUUCUUUCUGAAUUGUCGCCGAUUUCAUUUUCGCAUGUAAAUUAGAACCAAAUUAGGUCGUAUGAGACGUAGGUUGAAAACCCUAGAGCCUUUUUCAGCGACUGAGGGGUUCGUCUAUUGCGGGAGAUGCCCUGAUCGUACGGAGUUAGACAUUUCUAGGGUUUUCUUUAGUUCUUUGACUAUUUUCUGUUUUCGCUUGCUUCUGUAUGGGUUUGUUCGUCUUUACAUCGGGCAAUGUCGCGUUUUUUUGUUCAAUUCUGUCUAUGAUUUGGGCUUUGAUUUCGGAUGUGUUAUACCUCUGUCGGUUAAUUCGUCGCUCGACUGUUCAUCAUUGAGUCAAAAGUUUACUCCUUUGCUCGUUAAUUUUCUCAGAGGGUAGUAGAUUUACUACUUUCAAGUCACAGAAGUUUCGUGUUUUCCAUUGAAACUGUGAACUAUAUAGUCUGGGUUGUUGUUAUAUUGAAGGGCUCUGCUCAAGAUCUCAUCUUGUUGAUCAUCCUGCACGAGCAUUUUGUUCUUUUCCCCGUUCUGGGAUGAUUGAAAUCCUCAAACUUGUAUAUGUAUAUAUAUAUAAUGUGUCUUAUUUCUGGUUAGAUCAUAUUUAGUUAUUAUGCUCAAAUCUAUUGCAGAAAUGAAGGGUUCUGCCCAAGAUCUUAUCUUGUCGAAGCAUUCUGUUCUUUUUUCCUUUUCUGGGAUGAAUUCCUUAAACUUGUACAUAUAAUGUGUCUUAUGUCUGGUUAGGCCAUACUUAUUAUGUUCAAAUCUAUUGUGGAAAUGACAUAUUGGAUUUGUAUUAGAUUUUGUAGGCCUUUCUGGUUUUGCCACAUUUGGAGUCCUGAAAAGUUGGAUUCAACACAUUCUUCAUAGAGGUUCUGAGCAAUCGUCCGCUUCUGAUUGAUAGAAUUUCUUUUGAGAAUCCUCUCUGCCCAGUCAUGGCAAGUAACGAAAAUCUCCCGCCUAAUGUUAUCAAGCAACUUGCCAAGGAACUGAAGAAUCUUGAUGAAUCUCCUCCAGAUGGCAUUAAAGUUGUGGUAAAUGAUGAGGAUUUCUCAACAAUAUAUGCCGAUAUCGAAGGCCCGGUUGGGACCCCGUAUGAGAACGGUGUUUUCCGUAUGAAGUUAUCCUUAUCACACGACUUUCCCCGUUCCCCGCCUAAAGGCUACUUCCUAACGAAGCUUUUUCAUCCUAACAUUGCGAACAAUGGAGAGAUCUGUGUUAAUACGCUGAAAAAGGAUUGGAACCCAAGUCUCGGAUUACGACAUGUACUCACCGCUGGGAAGAUGCUACUUGAAAACUAUGAUGAAUAUUCACGACAUGCUCGGCUUUACACCGGUAUCCACGCCAAACCGAAACCUAAGUUCAAGACAGGGGCUAUCUCCGAGUCUACGACAGCUCUAAACGUCGACCAGACCAAACCAGCAGUUGAUCAGAACGACGAGAUUCCGAAUGCUGCAAACCUGAUACAGUCUGCAACUUCAGACAUCAAGAGAGUGAUAACUAGCGGUCAGGACCGAGCGGUGGCUGAUACUGUCUGGGAAGCCAUGUCAGCACCCGCGAAUGUAGCCGGGAAAACGGUCAGGACGCAGAACAAGGAAGAGGGUCUGGCCAAGAAGGUUGAGUUGGAGAAGAAGAAGAAGGUAGAUGCUCGGAAGAGAAGCUUGAAGAGAUUGUGAAGUUAGCUAUGGCGGGCCAGUAAGUAUAGGUUCAACUCCUGAACUGUUGUCCUGAUUUCAUAAGAGCUUUGUUUUUUUUUUCUUUUAAUUCUCUUUAAUUCAGGGGAAUAAAGGUUUAAUCUUUUUUUUUUGCG